AUGAACAGUAGCCGGAUGUACCUUGACAAAGCUGCUGUUAUAUCAGCACAAGAAGCUAACUAUGGAGAGCCUUUAAGUCCUUGGAGUCUAUGCACAGUUACGCAGGUCGAAGAACUCAAGAUUCUGAUACGAAUGCUCCCAAUAUGGGCGUCGGGUAUCGUCUUCUCAUCUCUUCAUGCUCAAGUAUCCACAAUGUUUGUCCAACAAGGAAGAGCCAUGAACUGCAACAUCGGCUCUUUCAAGAUCCCCCCAGCGACCCUCUGGGUCUUCGACUGCAUCACCGUCCUCGUUUGGGUUCCGCUCUACGACCGUUUCAACGUCCCUCUCGCAAAACUUAUCACAAGAAGCGACAAUGGGUUUACCGUGCUUCAACGGAUGGGAAUAGGUCUUGUCGUUUCGGUCUUGUGUAUUGCGUCAGCAGCUAUCGUUGAGAAGGUUCCGCAGAUUUUCAUACUCGGUGGAGCUGAGGUUUUCUAUUGUGUUGGACAGCUAAAGUUUUUCUAUGGUCAGUCACCAGAGUCGAUGAGGAGCCUGUGUUGUGCACUGGGUCUGUUGGCUAAUGCGUUUGGGAGUUACCUGAGCUCGUUGAUCCUCACGGUGGUGACGUAUUUCACGACCAAGGACGGUGGAGAUGGGUGGAUUGCUGAUGAUCUCAAUGGACAUCUUGAUUACUUUUUCUGGAUGACAAACGGAUCCGAUCUCGCCCUCUGCUUUUCUUCAAUAGGUACUAGGGUUCAUUCAAGACGUAAGGUUCGAAAUGAGGCCUGUGAGUCCAUGGAUUCCUCAGACUUUUCUCUGGAUCUGACCGCCGAAAUAGAGGAACUCAGGGACGCUUUUGCUGGAAUGGCUCCGCCGCCUCUGGGAGGAGACGGAUUUUCGCCGGUGGGUCCUCUGUCGGUAAUAGGAGUAGAAGAGGUUGCGAACUGGAGAAGGAAGUUUCGUCUUCCCGACGAUGUUACCAUCCGGAUCCCUGGUCCUUUUGAUAAGGUUUCGGAUUUUGAGCUGGGUGAGAUCCUUGUAUACGAAUUGAUAUAUGCAGGGAGUCAGGAAGAAGAUAUAUGGGAUUUUUGUUAA